ACAAAUAUUAUUUAUCAUUUAACAAGAUCAACAUUUAAAAAGAUUUAUUUUACUUACACUCGAUUGAGUUCGGAGUUACAGAAAAACCAAUGAGAACGACUGAACGACCAGAACCACUUUAAGGAAACCGGUGUAAGAGUUGUAACGGUCGUAGUCAGUUUUAACGAAGUUCUAUCAUUUCAAUUUGUAUUUUAUACGAUUUUGAUAAUUUAAUUAAUUGUCAUCAAUUAUUAUACAAUGUUUUACUCAACGGAGCUGCUCUCCCUUCGAGGAAGGGGUAAAUUGGCUCGAGUCUGGUUAGCCGCAAUUUUAGGCGAGGAGAUGUUUAAAAAAACUUGCAAAGCAAUAAUGAUUAAACAAAUCGAUGUAGCCGCUGUUUGCGCCGAAGUCUCAUCAGUAAUUGAACAGCGAGGCAGGGGAAACUAUGUUAGAUUAAGUCUUUACCUUUCGUCUCAAUUAAUGUUCGGCGCUACGAGAAUUCUUUACUAUCAAACAAAAUACUUCCAAGAUAGCGUAAUCAAUGAGAUCCGUAAUUUACAUAAUAGAAAAAGAUUAAGAAACGCGGAUCAAGAACAUCCAGUAUCCGAUUUUUUAUUCGAGGUACCAGAACCUCCCGCUCUCGCAUUGCCAUUCUCAAGGGAUAAACAUUUGAUUACAGAAGAACCUUAUCCCAUUACCAGUGAACAUUUGUAUGGAAAUAAGAGGAUUCAAUUGGAAUGAGCCAACAGAUCUUCCUGAGAACUUAGCGGAAGAUCCGAUGCCAGGUACUUCAGGAAUCAAUACGAUACAAUCAGAAACCUUGUUACCACACGAGCCAAUUAG